CACCACCCCCGCCCAUUCCAUGGACGAGCCCCAGCCGCCGCCGCGCCCGCCGGUGCAGCUCGCCGGCGCGGCGCGCGACGCGGAGCUCCGCCUCGCUGCGGCGCUGUCCCGCGAGGAGGUCCUCCGCCGGCGCCGGCGCCGCCUGGUGCAGCUCUGCUCCCUCUACCGCGCCCAGUUCUGGGCGCUCGCCGACGAGCUCCCCGCCAGGCACGGCGAGUACUGGUGGGAGCACGGCGCCAGCCCAGCGCUCGACGACGAGCCCCCGCGCGCCCGGUUCCCGCCGUCCCUGCCGCUGCUGAAAGGGAAUGGGGCCAGUGCCACACCGCCGGAGAAUGGGGGCCCCGUCGGGCCGCUGGAGAAUGGCUGCCGCGUUGCGGUCGCUACCCCUGCAGCGGCUGCGGGCGGGAGGGCGGGGUGCGCGGCCUCGAACUGUGCGGCCAAGGCGAUGCCCCUGUCCCAAUACUGCUUCAAUCAUAUCCUCUUGGACCCCAAGCAGCAGCUCUAUCAGCCCUGCGCCUUCCCCACUAGGACAAGUGGUGCGCCAAAUGGGGAAGCAAUUUGUGGAAACCCUGUUCUGAGAGGCAUUACUCCAUUACGAUGUGCUGAUCAUGAUCCAACAUCUCCAAAAGUCAUCAUAGAAGCUUUGAAAAAUGUAGGAAUUGACCUGCCCUUGACAAGUAAGAGUGUUCCAAAAUUGAGUCUCUUGAUUUCUGAAACAGUCAGGGAAAUUCAGAUGAAAAGAAAGCUUUCCAUUUAUGGUGGAAAGACUGCACCUUCUGAUAUGUCAUUGAAAUGAUUUGUUUGGAUCAGCCUGUGAUCUCUUUGUACAUGAUGGCCCUACAGAGAUGGGAGAUGUUCCAUUGUAAAUAACAGGUGUCAAGGUUCACCAAAUGUUCAAAAGAAGAAACAAUGAAUUGUUAAACUAUCAGAUAAGUUAUGGUGCAGUGAAGGAAGUUGUGCCAUUUAGAACAAUUGGCUGCUGUUAAGCUACCCUCUUUAGACCUUGAAUGGAAGAAAACAAAUUUUGGACUGGGCUUUCAACAGCCACAUGAGGAAUGCUAAAUAAAGUUCAAGGAAUUGGAGGGUUGUAUUGAAUCUUGGAUGAUCAGUCACGCUACCCCAAUGAGCUUAAGACUUGCUACAGUUUCCUUCUCUUUAGUCUUCCCUGUGUGGGAAUUUCAGCAUGGAAAUUUCUUUAUCAUUAAUGUUGUUGCUCAGUAUUGGACCAGAAAUGAUUCAUCUUGUUUGUGGUCAGAAAUGUUUGUACAUAUAGUCGUAAAUUGUGGUAAUUAUUAGUUUGGGGGUAUAGGGAUUUACCUUUGGGGCUGCAACCCAGCAUUUGAAAUUUUGAACUGGCAGUCGUUUGGGGCUAUAUCUAGCUUGCAAAAUGUGAAUGCAUGGUUGAUUGAUUUGUGUUA